UAAUAAUAACAAAAAAAUGUUAAGUGCAAUUUUGAAGCAUCCUGUUUCUAUAAAAAUGUUAUUAAGUGAUGUACAAUUCAUCUGUAAAAUAACACCAUAUCUUAGACAUGACAAAAAUAUAUUUUCUAUGGCAUUAUCUAGAAAAUUUCUAAUAAGAAGCACAAGGUUGUCUAGUGAAUCAUUACAACGAGCAAGAUUCUGUAAAGCUAGUAAAUUGUCACAAAGUUUGUCAAUACGGCAUCAACAAACAAUAAAAUUAGAUGUAAAUAUAAAUGUACAGAACAAUGUAAUUUUAUAUAAGAAUGACAAUCAGAGAUACAUACGGAUAUUACAUCUUUGUGCGAUUGCACAAUUACUUGGAUGGUUCAUAUUGGCUAUUUAUACUUAUACACCAUCUUUUCUUGAUAUUUUCUAUACUGAUGUAACGAUGCAAGAAUAUAUGAAAAAGAAUAUUUUUAGACUUUCAUUUUUUACUUUUUCCAGUUUUAUAGGUCCUCUCGCGUAUGCUACAAUUUAUGCUUUAUGUAGUCGUACUAUUAGGUAUAUUGUUUUACAUAAAGGUGGUGAAAAAAUUACACUUACUACCUGUAAUAUAUGGAAAAAGAAUUGUAAUAUACAAGUACCUAUAAAUAUGGUAAACUGUACCAUCCACAGAACAAAUGUGGGAAGUAUUAUACCUCUUAAACUAAAAGAUAAACGUUUCUAUUACUUACUUGAAAAAAGUGGUACAUUCCUAAAUCCUGAACUUUUUGAUCAUACAUUAAGAUAUCGCCAAUAUAGAAACUUAUAAUGUAUUCAUGUACAACUUUGUAUGUUAUAAAAUAUUA